AUGGGGGCGGCGGGGCUGCGCGCGCUGCUGCUGCUGCUGCUUUUGGGGGUCCCGGGGCGCCCCCAGCCCCCCCCCGAGGGCCCCCCCUCGCUCUGCGACCCCCGAGUGAUCGAGAGAUUCAUCCUGGAGGCGCGCGAGGCCGAGCGGGGGGCGGCCGCGUGCGGGCCCCCCUGUGACCUCCCCGAGCCCGUCGCUGUCCCCGACCCCGGCGUGAACUUCAACCUCUGGCGGGGCCUGGACGCCGGGGCCCGCGCGCGGGAGGUGGCCGCGGGGCAGGCGGCGCUGGUGGCCGCGGUGCUGCGGGCGCGGGAGCUGCUGCGGGAGCCGCGGGUGCGGCCCAGCCUGGAGCGAGCGUACGGCACCGCGCGGAGCCUGGCGCGGCUGCUGCGGGGGCUGCCCGCCGCGGCCCCGCCCCCCGCCCCGGUUCGGGUCCGGUCCGUCCCGCGGCUCCUCGGGGUCCUGAGCCGCUUCCUGCGCGGCAAGGUGAGGCUGUACCUGGCGGACACCUGCCCGCGGUGACGUCACUUCCGGUGCGGCUCUACCUGGCGGACACCUGCCCGCGGUGACGUCAUUUCCGGUGCGGCUGCAC